AUGACGACCUUGUACAAUUGGCGGAGGAUGACUUGUGAAUGGACGCCAUCAAAUUUGAUCCAUUCGACCUCAUCGAACUCGCCCCGACAGCGGACUUCACGUGGGAACUUUAUGAAGUCACGAUUGUACUUUAACCCGAUCUCCAAUACUACCCUCGAGCUCUUCGGCCAAGAAAGCAUGUCGCCGGCUGGCGAAGAAAGAAAUCGACGAUGGUAUCGUGGAUACUCGGGUGCAUGGAAGAAUGGGAGAGGAAGAAAAUUGUUCCCAGAUCUCAAGGCAUACUCUCCUUCCAAUAAUCCGCGGCACAACCUUGAACAUUCUAGGGACAAUGCCUCAUCAAUCAAGGCGGCCGCGGGCCCAUCACCAGCACAUGACUUUCAUCACCCCACGGAUUCUUGUGACACGGCGAACCUGUAUUCAGGAAUGAGCCACAAGUCCUCUGACAAUGGAGUACUAGAGCUUUAUAUCGAUAGUCAACAAGGUAGGCGCAGCGAAUCCGCCCAACGCCCUAUCCUCCUGGUACCGCGCCGCCGUAGGUGGCAUCCCCGCGUGGCAGCUCGCCCUAACCAGCCAACUUCACUUGCACGGUUCAGGCCGAGAAUUAUCCCUAGAGAGGAAUCCAUGACCAAUCGUAUCUAUCGUGAUGAGACGGGAUUCUUCAACCAAGUUCUGCACCCAUUCGAGUAUCCAAGUGCUAAGAUCAACAAUGCGCGGGUCAAACUGGCAGACGUCUUUGUAAGUACGGUGCCAGCAGCGACAGGAACCCCAGCCGCUGUCUACGCAUCAUGGACCGCCAAAGGUUUUAGCUUCCACGUGCUUAGACGAGGUCCCAGCGGCAAUAAGGUGGCACUGCUGAGAACCGCCUCAGGCCGGCGAGAGCGUGCGGUCUCGUUCGAGGAGAUACACCUGGAGGGUGGGUGGAGUGGUGCUACCGAAGACUGGAUUCGCUUUCGAACCUGGGAAUUGCAACCGCGAGCGACAGAAAUUGUUAUAGAUUAA